UGCGCUGCGGCGGUGCUGUCUCGCUGGCCGGGCGGAGGGCGGGCCUGGCGGAGCCAUGGCGGCCGUGCGGGGCCUGCGGAUCUCGGUGAAGACUGAGGCAACGGCGACGACGGCGGAGCCUCGCGCCCCGGAGCCUGAGCCUAUGGAAGUGGAAGAGGGCGAGCUGGGGACCAUUCCUGUGAGGCGCUCGCUCCGGGAGCUCAUUCCGGACACUAGUAGGAGAUACGAAAACAAAGCUGGAAGUUUCAUUACUGGAAUAGAUGUAACCUCCAAGGAAGCCAUUGAGAAGAAGGAACAAAGAGCAAAACGCUUUCAUUUUCGGGCUGAAGUGAAUCUUGCCCAAAGGAAUGUGGCACUGGACCGGGACAUGAUGAAGAAAGCAAUUCCUAAAGUGAGACUGGACACAAUUUACAUUUGUGGGGUGGAUGAGAUGAGUACGCAGGAUAUCUUUGCCUAUUUCAAAGAGUACCCUCCUGCUCAUAUUGAGUGGUUGGAUGAUACAUCAUGUAAUGUGGUCUGGCUUGAUGAAGUAACAGCAACACGGGCUCUAAUAAAUAUGAGUUCCUUGCCUGAUCAGGAGAAAACAAAAAGCAGAGAAAACAAUGAAGAGAAGGCAGCUGAAAAAACUAAGAAAGAAAAACAGGAGGAAAGUUCUGAUGAUGAGACAGAAGAAGGCGAGGUUGAGGAUGACAAUCCAAGUGAUGUCGAGUUGGAUGCCCUCUCCCAGGUGGAAGAGGAUUCCCUCCUGCGUAAUGAUCUUCGCCCUGCCAAUAAGCUGGCUAAAGGAAACAAGCUAUUCAUGAGAUUUGCUACUAAAGAUGACAAGAAGGAGCUGGGAGCUGCAAGGCGAAGUCAGUAUUACAUGAAAUAUGGGAAUCCAAAUUAUGGAGGCAUGAAGGGGAUUCUUAGCAAUUCAUGGAAACGAAGAUACCACUCGCGUCGAAUCCAUCGGGAUGUGAUCAAGAAAAGGAUCCUGAUUGGGGAUGAUGUUGGCUUGACUCCUCCUUAUAAGCAUCGUCAUUCAGGCUUAAUAAAUGUCCCUGAGGAGCCUAUUGAGGAGGAAGAGGAGGAAGAAGAAGAUCAGGAUAUGGAUGAAGAUGACAGAGUUGUGGUAGAGUACCGUGAUGAACUGCAAGCUUUCAAACAGUCCCGAGACCGCAGCGCGGCAAGGCGAUCGAGUGCCAGCGCCUCUGACUCUGAUGAGAUGGACUAUGAUCUGGAAUUGAAAAUGAUAUCAACACCCUCUCCCAAAAAGAGCAUGAAAAUGACAAUGUAUGCAGAUGAGGUGGAAUCACAGCUGAGAAAUAUUAGGAAUUCCAUGCGAGCAGAUAGCAUAGCAACCAGUAACAUCAAAAAUCGGAUUGGCAGCAAAGGAUCAGCAGAGAAAGUUGCAGAUGUGAGAUUGCUGUUAGAAGAAAAACGUCAGAAUAACACUGGGCCACGUCAGCCAAACAGCACUGUAAAAUCAGAUGUGCGGCAAAGACUGGGAAAAAGACCCCAUUCACCAGAAAGUAAACCUCCAAGUAGUACCUCUGCUCCUCGUCGAGAACCCAUCUCAGAUGUGCACAGCCGCUUAGGAAUCCCCAAACAAGAUGUAAAAGGCCUCUACUCUGAUACCAGAGAGAAGAAAUCAGGUAAUUUAUGGACCCGAUUGGGGUCUGCUCCGAAGACACAAGAAAAGCCUUCAGAUAAACCUGAGAACUCGGCGGCGUCUCCAGAGGAGGAGGAUUCGGAGCUGCAGCGGGUUUGGGGAGCGCUCAUUAAGGAGAAAGAACAGUCGCGGCAAAAAAAGAGCCGGCUGGAUCACUUGCCAUCCCUACAGAUUGAAAUCAGCAGAGAAAGCAGUUCUGGGUCAGACACUGAAUCAUGAUCCUUUGGACACUCUGAUCCUCAAGAAUGUGAUUCUGCAGUGUGUGGCAAGAUCUCCUUUGCCCGAAAGCUGGACACUGGCAAAGACUCUGCAGUGAUGGUUCCAGAAGUGUCUCUGCUCCUUUUAUACAAAACCAGAGAUGUGUUACCACUUGAAACCUAAAGCAAUCACCUUUGUCUGGAGUCUGUGGUUGGCCCUGUGUUACAGUAGGGCAUUGUCAUGUAAGUUUAUUACAGCAAACUUGUAGUUUAUUCUAGCAAAACACUUUUCCCCAAGCUUUGAACUUAAAAAGAAGAGGCAGAAGUGCUCUGUAUUUUUAAGAAGACCUUUUUGUUCUUAAUAUUUCUAACAUGGAGCCUUUUAACACAAUAUUUUACACACUUCAUCCAAAGAACAGGGCAUUUCAUAAUCAACAGCAUUGCCUUGCCCUUCUGGCUCUUACCAGCACCUUUCUUUUCCCUCUUGAAGUAAUAACAAUAAUGCUUCCUGGGUGGGCAGCCAGCAAGGAUAAAGCAUGAAGGAGCUGUCAUGUUUCCUUCCUCCAAAAUACUGAAUGUAAAUCUUAAGUUAAACCUUUUAGUACAGUGAAAUUUCACUUUGUAUCCAAGUAGCAUCACUGUCCUGAAAGAAUUCUGCUCAUUUAUUUUGGUGAGACUUCGUUCUGCUGUAGUAAGGAUCGAGAUGUUCAAAGACUGCAAAGUUGGAUGUUUUGAGUGUUGUGUAAAUUCCCAAGGGUUUAAUUUCUUUUUGU